AUGUUGACAAAGAAGCACAAGUACAUUCACCAGGAAAAUAUAGUUGUGGAGGGUAAUUGCAGUGCUGUGAUUCAGAAAAUCCUCCCACCAAAGAACAAAGACCCUAGGAGUGUGGCCAUUCCUUGUUCAAUAGGUGAAGUCACAGUGGGAAAAGCUCUCAUUGACUUGGGAGCCAGUACCAAUCUGAUGCCACUUUCUAUGUGCAGAAGACUGCGAGAGUUGGAAAUCAUGCUUACCAGGAUGACUUUACAAUUGGCUGACUGCUCCAUCACCAGACCAUAUAGGGUAAUUGAAGAUGUUUUGGUUAGAGUAAAACAUUUUACCUCCCCAGAAGAUGUUAUUGUAAUGGAUAUCAGGGAAGAUAAUGACAUUCCCUUAAUCUUGGGAAGGCCAUUUAUGUUAACUGCAAGUUGUGUAGUUCAUAUGGGAAGAAAGAAACUAGAAUUGGGAUUUGAAGAUUAG